AUGUGUGCAGAUAUUAGUCCACAGAGAAACGACGCUCUCCCUCCGGCAGACGAUGGAGUUGGCAGCUUCUCUAAGGAGGAUAGUCUCGGGUUAAAGGUCCUAUACAAUCCAGCAUCGGCAGCUCUAGACUUUAUUUUCGUGCACGGUCUUACUGGAAGCGCAUACUCGACAUGGCUCUACGAAGACACCAACACACACUGGCCUAGGGACCUUAUCAUGAAGGAUAUAGGAAACGCACGCAUUUUAGCCUUUGGUUACGAUGCAAAUAUUGUCAACUUCUGGGACCAGGCGGCACAAGACGGGAUAUCCGGCUAUGCUAAAGAUCUCCUGGGAAAAUUGUGGAGGAAGAGACAACACGAUCCAAACCGCAAGAUCGUGUUCAUUGCGCACAGCAUGGGCGGGCUGGUCACGCAACGAGUGCUUACGAUGUCACGAGAAACUCGGCACGCACAUCUCCAGGAUAUUGAAGCAUGCACCGUAGGAAUAUGCUUUCUCGGUACGCCACACCAUGGCGCUGAUUUGGCCAAGUGGGGCAGUAUUCUUACGAGGAUUGCCAACGUUGCGAAACCGGCAAAUUCAGCGCCUGUAGACUUGCUCAAGCGGAGCUCGGAGAUGCUUCGAGACGUACAAGACGGAUUUCACAAUCUCCUAGAGAAGAGGAAAGAUGAAGGGGCUAAGAUAGAAAUCGUCUGCUUCUAUGAAACAUUGCCUCUGGUCAGGACUCUGAUUGUCCCCAGAGAAUCUGCAAUUAUUAGUGGCGAACUGGAUUAUCCGCUUCGAUCGAAUCAUACUGUAUGA